AUGCGGUUGGUUUUAACCAUUUUAGGAGUUAUUACUCUCUACGCCCUCUGUUUCCGGCCAACAGAUUCGGUCGUUUUUAAAAUGACUAACGUGGAGUGUGGCAGCUAUAACAAGUCCUGGGUGCGGAUAAAUACGUGUCGCUUGAAGGCGGUGGGGCGUAACAGAGUUUUGUUUAACUUUAACGCAACUUUCCUCCAUCCCACCAAAAAUAUUACGACCCAUUACCAGCUCUUUAAACGGGCGAGUGGUUAUAAGCCCUGGAUGGUAAACGUGAAGAUCGACGGCUGUCGCUUCAUGCGCCGCCCAUACGAUGCUGUUGGUAUUUUAAUGUUUAAUAUUUACAAGCGGUUCUCCAACAUCAAUCAUACAUGCCCCUUUGAGGGUCAUCUCUUCAUAAAGGACAUGUACUUGUCGACCGAUGUGAUGCGACUGCCCUUGCCCACUGGGGACUACUUGCUUUCCAUAGAUUGGAUAUUUUACGGAAUAUCUCAGUUCGCCACCAAUGUCAGUUUUCAAUUCGUUGAGGAUUUAAUGAAAUAA